CCAGAAUUUUCUGCCUUUUAAUCAACUUUAUCUGCACUGUCUGGGGUGUUGCUCCUAGACAGAGGCUACUGUCUCUGAUACCGAGCCAUUUUGGUCUCUCAAGUGAUGUGAUUUUAGGGUGUCCCUGGAGGCUUGGCCUCUAAGCGCGAGAAUAAAACCGUCAAAAUGGCGGAAAUCAAUGUAAAUGAAGCGAUAGUCAGGAUUUCAUCUGAAAAAGCAAAGGACCGUGCUGAAGGCGUUGCUGAUCUUCGGCAUAUUUUCAGUCAGAAUCGUCGGGGCCUGAAGCUUGAUGCACUCACCGACAAGGGCUAUCAUAAAAUCUAUGAAGCUCUUUUUCGCAUUUCCCAGCAGGAAAAGUCGGUAUAUUUACGGGCCGAUACCAACAGACGCCAGAACGAUAGCGCAUCGAGGCUCUCAUCAUACGCUUCGGCUCUUCGCUUGGUUGUUGAAUUCGGACUCCGGAGAUUGAAAACCAAAACCGUUAAAGCAUUAAUAGAUCAUAUAAUACAGACCUUGCCACUCGCAGACGGAAGCUAUUGUGAACCACUAACCUUAGAUUAUCUCAAGUCCCUCCGCAGCAUCCUUGAAUUUCAGCCUCAUGUGGAGCAUCUGGCCAAAACCGAAUGGUUUGCCGUGGUGGAAUUCUGUUGCCAAGGCAUUGCUGCCCUGCCGGCCGAGGACGAGGAUACGCCCUCUCAUGCUAGCCGCUCAACGCCAUAUGGGACCAGAAGUACUCAUCGGCAAGCUUCUGUUUCCCGGUCUUUAUCGAUUGCCCCGUCUAGGGAAGAUGGGCCACAAAAGAACUCCAGGAGCACCUUAGAACAGCUGUUGCUCGGUCUUCAGCAGCUCGCCUGCUGUUCCAAUGCUCCCGUGGUGGAUAAGGCAGCUGAUUUGCUAUCUGCUAUUUUUAGCUGCAUGCAGUCAUCCCCAACAGCAGUUGUUUAUCAUCAAGCAGCGUUUGCGGCAGUAAACUCCAUACUCCUGAAAAUAAACACAGAAUCAAUCGCGCUUACCAAAUACGCUGUAAGAUCGGUUAUCCCGCUAGCUAAGCGCUUGUGGACAACAAAAUCGUCCUCACUCAAAGACGAAAUUCUUAUUGCUUUGAGCGUUGGUGAUGCAUACUUGCACAGCCUAUUGCGUGAAAAAAACAAUGAGGAUUUGGUGUCAGACGUCGAAAGUCUACUGGAGACUUUACUAGCGGAAUACUCAAAACGUCUGGAAAGAGAUCAGUUGCAGAUUGACGACCUUGGGCUUCCAACGAGACGUCAUAUCUCUCUUGAGAAUGCUCCUCUACAUCUUACAUCCUGCUUUUUGCGAAAUGGACGGACAAGAGCUGAACAAAAUUGGAUGCUCUUAAGGACCAUAGCUCGUCUCAGUAGCUGUCUGGAUUCCAUCAAGACUCAUGCCGAUAGUGCUGCUAGUGCAUCGGAAAUUGCGUAUCCCCACAAGCGGCGGCGAAUUACUUUCAUGCACCAUGAACUUCUACGCCAAUCACAGUCUCUGCAAUUUUCGACUCGGCUCUGCGCAUUGCAAGGGAUAUUGUUUCUUGUUGAGGAAAGAGAGUUCGAGGAACGUGAAUUGAAAGAAGUCUUAGAGGAAUUGUCCUCCGGUAUCGCAGAUGAGAACGGCACAAUAAGUUCAUGGACAUUGAUGGCAAUCACCAGCUGCUUAUGCCAGAAAACCGCGCGCGCGGAAUCUCUUCAAAGCCAAUGGCUCCAGAUUUGGCAAGUCACUGCCCGUAGUGUUGCUUCACCAUCCAAAUGCAGACUCUCCUGCCAUCUGUUGAGUAAUCUGCUUGCUUUGGGCCUUGUAGAUUAUGGUCUCAUAGCCGAUUUAGCAGAUACCAUGAUUUCAUCCAUCGAGGUUUAUGGGCCUACUAAUUUGACGGACACUUCAAUCUGCUUUUGGAUCGUGCUUCUGGAAAAGAGGUUCCUGGACACCCCAAAUGUGGGGAAUGCCUCGUCAGAGCGUGUGCUCCCUUGGCUUUUUAAAAGAUUAGCUGCUGGGGAUUUUACUGAAAGACAUUUUGUUGCGCAAAUGUCGCAGCAUUUUCAACCAUCCAACAUUCUAAAUCUGCUCUUUCUUUGCUCGAACAGGGCUCUGCAUCCGCUCAACGAUUGCAUCUCCUUCUCUUGUGGCCCCAUUGCUCAGACGUCGCUGCACAUACGCCAAUAUGAUUCAUUAAUUGACUACUUGUUGAUGCUAAGUAGCUGCGGUUCUCCCAAUCGCUCUGGUUCCGCCAAAUCCGACCCAAUGCCAGACCUAUAUCAAAAUGGAGCCCGUUUUCACAUUGUCGACAAUCUCAUCUUGGAGGCGUUGAUCUCUCAGAGUAAGACAAUCAAACUGCAUUUGAUCAAGUUCAUAUCGGAAAGUUCGGGCCAGAUGAAUGCAGAUAUGAUUCGAUUUGUUACCUCCUUUAUCGUCAUCACCUGUGUAAUUAUUUCCUGCGACGAUUUUCGAGACCUCCAUCUGUCACGAAAUCUUAGCACAGAAACCGAUGCUCUCGUCAAAAUAGUGGGCGAAUGUAUUUCUGCAGCGGACUUCGGACAGGAUUUCAUCGACGCCAUUUUGGAAGUUCUUAACCCUUCAUUGUCGCAUUUCCUUUCAGCACUAUCGACGACCAACUCCGAUCUCAUUUCCUCCAGCGCUUAUCUUUGGGCACCGGUCUUCAAUGAGGCUUUCGAAAAUCGUCGAAGGAAAGAGGAAAGUAUAGCACUCGAUGACGACUUAGACGUGAUCGGAGAAUCAGAAUCUCAAAUUAGCCAAGCAAGAGAAAACGCUAAUCUUAUCUUGCCACGACAAGAGUUGACGGCAAAGAAGAGUAUUUCCUCGUUUCGCUGCUCAACGCUGGCUUGUCUGAGGCUCGUUGCCUCUAUGAAAUCUUCAAACUUUUCUCUUCAGCCCUACUCUCACGUCACUCAUUCUUUUGUUGAUUGGAUGACAUCCCGACCACCUAGCGAGGCACUUGCUUGCUGGCCUCUUCUACAACAAAUUUGCUCCUUGGGACUGCCAUUUCAGCCUGAAGAUGCAUUGCCGCUCCUGGAGUACCUCGGACGAGACAUUCUCCAAGUUUAUGAGUAUGAGAGAUGCGAGCUCUCUCUAGCAUUUUGCUUAGAAGUCUUGAAGAGUUUGGCGGUAUUGUGGACAAACCCAGACUUUGAAGAAUUGUAUCAGCUUGGUUCUGACAUAUACCAAUGGUUCGUCACUGUUGCGCUCGGAAGGAGUAUUGUAUCAUCCAGAGUUCUGGUAGGCAUAGCUUCACUCCUCCACCAAAUACUAAAAGUGCAACCAGACUACGCAAGGUCACUAUCACUACCAUCAGUAAGGACUAGUCUUUUUAAAGUACUACAAGAUGGUGAAUUGUCAGUGAAAUACCAUGUAGCUGAACGCAUUCCUGAACUAUUCCAUUUCUUCAUCCUGAAAAAGCAUGAGGCAAUCUUUGAUGAUGUGCUUGACAGCCUCCCGUCAGAUAUGGAUUGGAUUGAGGGAAUAGGGUUACGGCUUCUGGUUCUGACUCGCCUUGCAUCUUCUUGGUACACUCUUCUUCGCCGUUCGGUGUACCACAUAGUUGAAACACCCGGACUUAUCCCUGAUGCUACGGGCUACGCUACAACGAGUGUCCGAGAUCUUUCCAAAGCACUGGGAUUGCCAUAUCCGCGCAAUUUGUUACGUCUGUUCAAAUCACAAUUGUUGUACACAUGGCUAGAAAAUCAAAGCCUUCAAUCCCUUCCCUUUAUCAUUUUUGGCUACAGCGACCUCAGUGGUCUCCUUAAUGAUGUCCAAGACGAGAUUGUGGGCCAAUUUCUUAUGCGAGGGAAAGAUGACCAAAUCGAUGAACUGGCGCAUGAGCUCCAGAUUCCAGCAGAAAGACUUAUCGAUGCUUCAUUUCAUAAGGCUGUGGCUUACUGCGUCGCACGGGACAUCAGCAUGCCCCCUGGCAAUGGAAGUCAAAGUCUCAGCGGAGAGGCGAGAAUUCGGAAGCGUUUGGGAAACAAAAAGUUCUUAGCCCUUAUCGAUCGUGAUUUCGCGUCUAUUCUCGGGCUGCUCUUCAAAACGAUUGAUCAGGAGGAGCAGAUUGAGAGAGCAUUUGCCAAGCACCUUGGUUUCGAGGCUUCACGGGAAGCUCUUCAUGAGAUCAAGGGAAUAAGUUCAUCAGAGGAAGCUCUCCCUGCUAAUCAACAACCUUCGUUCAAGUCAAGGUAUCUCAUUGACGAAAUUGACCACUUCUGCCGGAGAUCUAGUCAUGACUUGGCGAAGUUGUGGACGCCCGCAAUUUUUCUACAUGUUUUCCGAGAGCUUGUGGAUACUAUCCACCCUGCUUUUGGCCCACUUCAUGCCUGCUCCGUUAUACGAAGGAUACGGAUACUCAUAUGUAUGGCAGACAAUUCAGCAUUACAAGAUUAUCCGCUGGAGAGACUCCUAAGGUCACUACAUCCGUUUCUAGCCAUGCCUCAGUGCACGGAGGACACAAUAGGUCUGAUGCAAUAUCUAAUCCAGACGGGCAAUUCUUAUCUUUUACAAGUUCCCAAGUUUAUUGCCGGAUUGUCAAUGUCUGUACUGACAACCCUGACGCAAUUGCUCGCGUCUGCUCAGGCGACCACGACUCAGGAGAGUCAGCAUCAGACUACCCUCUCCAAAGCCCGAAAUUUUCGAUCAUGGUUUUUAAAUUACCUGGAAUCAUAUGAAUCGUCGGCUAUCGCUGUUGAAGGCUUUGAGAAGUCAUUUAAAGUUUUCCUCCAUUCCUUAAGGAAUACUUCUGCCAAGGGAAAUGCGUUGCCCGGUAGCGCAGAAAGCGACCUUUUAAAGGUUCUACUUUCGGGUUCUGACGAACCUGCUGAGGGAAAUUUGCUGGACGUUUCGGCCCGCAACCUUGGUAUAAACUUUCUGUCGGAAGAUUUCCAGAAAUGUCUCAAUUACCAGGAGGAUAUUUUUGGUUCAGAUGCUGCCGCCGCGGCCAAUGCAACCAAUGUCCUACGCACAUGUCACUGGGACCAAGUAGGCGAUGGCUAUUUGCUCUGGGCAGCCCGCGUAGUAGGGCGCGCUUUUAUCUCCACAGGCUCCAUACAUGAAGAGUUGUUGCGGGAGUCACAGCUGCAAAACAUUGUUGGGCAUGAAAAUGGGGCAAUGCGGAAACCAAAUUCAAGAUUCUCGAUCCUCAAAGCGCUCAAUGAUCUCCUAGCAAGUUAUGACCGAGGAACUGUUGGGAUCGCCGAAACAACACUUCAACUAAUAAUAUCAAGACUGGAAGGCGCUGAGAUGGUUGAAGAGGUUUCCGGGGCUUUGCCAGAUAUGAUUCUCAAAGCACUCGACUGGGACACUUAUCAGCCGCCUAGAUUAUCAUGGGGUGAGCCAGAGAAACAAAGCAUAAAAAUAGCUGCUGCGCCAAAUGAUAGCAUGGACAAAAACCUUUGGAUUCGCAAUCUCUGCAUCUCACUGUGUCAUGCGUCAAACGACGACACGAUUCUGGGCUCGUUAUUCCAGGUUCUAAGCAGUACAGUUGAUAUUUCCGGAAAGCUUUUCCCUUACAUCCUUCAUCUCGUCUUAUUACGGGAUACUGAAAGGGAACGCAAAAUCAGAGGAGAGCUAUCCGAAGCAUUUAAUUCAUGGUUUGAGAAAGCCAUCCCGCAAAACGUCCCACAGCUGAAAUCAAUCAUCGUGGCAUUGUUGUACUUACGUACACAGCCGAUACCGAACGAGGCAACAAAGGCAGAUCGAGAGCUUUGGCUCGAGAUUGACUACCUGGCUGCAACAAAUGCAGCGAUUCGUUGCGGUAUGAAUAAAUCUGCUCUUCUUUUUGCUGAAAUCUUUUCAUCGUGCUCAUACCCGCAAACUUCUCGAACUUCUCAAUCCCAAAGGAUGGUCGAUAUCACCGAUAUGCUUACCCAAAUAUUUCGGUCCAUUGAUGAGCCGGACUCCUUCUACGGGAUCCAGAGGGAAUCUAGUUUGAGGUCGAUAAUGGAUCGAGCUGAGUAUGAACGAGAUGGGGGCAAGUCACUCUCAUUUCGAGCAGCUCACUGUGACAGCAAUAUGCGGCUUUCACGAGGACUUCAGUCAUCUGACACAUGGGGGACGAUUAGAGCACUGAGCUCAUUGAACAUGAAUGGGCUUUCGUAUGCUUUAUUGGGAGCCCCUGGAAUUGUUAAUACUGGCAGCGAGGCCACCGCUCACAUGUUGUCAAUGGCGCGAAAACUGGAGCAGUGGGAUAUUGCUGUUCCCACCACUCAGAAAUCCGAAGCGGGCUUAACAUUUCGUGCAUUUCAGUGUAUUGAUACUGCUCUGGAUCAUUCCGCUAUAUCCCAAUGCAUAGACUCUUCUUUUCUUUCAGUGAUGAAGGAGCUAACAAGCAGAGAUCAAACGGUAUCAUCACUUCGGUCUUGGCUACGAACUCUGGGAGUACUUACAGAAAUGGACGAGGUAAUUAGCGCGAAGAGCCUAAUAAAUUUUGAGGAUAUCCAGUCGAGAAUGCAAGAUCGGUGCCAUUGGAUGCGGUCAGGAAGAUUCGAGGAUGUUGCUCAAAUAUUCUCCUGCCGUGAGAGUCUUUUCAGCUUAAUCAGGAGGCGACCUCUAAUAGGGUCAAGGCUACAUCUUGAUCAACGGCAGCAAUGUAUUGUUGACGCUAGUUCUCUUCUCGAAUCUUCACGUAUGAGCCGUAUUCACGGAGCUCUUCAAAGCUCUUUGGCUACCACCACCUAUCUCUCAGAUCUUGUCCCUCAAUUCGCAGAAAAUGGUGCAGAUAUUAGCGCAGUAGUAAAAUACGAGGAGGCAAACGUCCUUUGGGAUCAGGGGGAAAUUACUGCGUCGAUUAGAUUACUUAAAAAUCUAAAUACAUAUACGUCAGUCAGUUUAGAGAACCAGGCUUUACACCUCGGAAAAGCAGAGCUGUUGGCUAAACUUGGGCACCGGGUUGCUGAAGCCCGUAUGGAAAGACCCGACGAGGUCAUUGAUCACUACUUGCUCCCAGCCAUUACAGAACUGAAAGGUGUUACUGAAGGGGAAGAGGCCGGUGCAGUCUUUCACGAAUUUGCCGCAUUCUGCGACCAGCAGCUGCAAAAUCCAGACAAUCUGGAAGAUUACGAAAGAAUCGGUCGACUCCGGCAGAGGAAGGAAGAAGAAAUUCUCGAUCUUGAGAGCCUCAUUAAGAAAGCAACAUCAGCAUCGAGAGAUGAUCUUCGCAGACAACGGGCUCGAGCCAAGCAGUGGUUUGAGCUUGAUGAUCGAGAAUUCAAGCGGCUCCGGGAUAGCCGUCAAGCUUUCAUUCGACAAAGCCUGGAGAACUACCUUCUAUGCUUGAGCGCAUGUGAGUCAUUCAAUAACGAUGUCCUACGCUUUUGCGCAUUGUGGCUCGACCAGUCAGAAAGCGAACUUGCAAAUAAAGCCGUUUCACGGCAUCUUGAGCGAGUUCCAAGCAGGAAAUUUGCUACUCUUAUGAACCAAUUAUCCUCGCGCUUGUUGAACAACGAGAGCGACUUCCAGAGAUUGCUUUCGUCUCUGGUCAUGCGAAUCUGUGUAGACCACCCUUAUCAUGGGAUGUACCAGAUUUUUGCGAGUACCAAUACAAAGGCAAGGUCUAGCUCGGACGAGGCAGCGGUAUCGCGAAACGCAUCAGCCAUCAAGAUAGCCACCACACUCAAAAAUCAUACCCAGGCUGGGCCGAUUUGGCAAGCCAUUUCGACCACAAAUACGCUCUAUAGCAAACUCGCAAUGGAGAAGCCAGCGGGCACUCCACACCGCGCAAAUUCCAAGCUACGCUUCUCCAGUCUUUCAGCUGGGCGUCACAUGAAUAUGGUCGUGCCGAACCAGAAAAUUCCGCCAGCAACAAUGAAAGUUGACCUUCGAGCGGAUCUUGACUAUAGUCAUCUCCCGUAUAUCGGCCGAUUCAAGUCUGAAAUAUCUAUUCUUACCGGAGUCAGCGCCCCCAAAUUACUGGCAGUCAUUGCGUCCAACGGUCGCCGGUAUAGACAAAUUGUGAAAGGCAGCAACGACGAUUUGCGUCAAGACGCAAUCAUGGAGCAAGUAUUUGAACAAGUCAAUGAUUUGCUUCAGAACAACCGCCUAACCCGCCAGAGAAAUAUCCACGUGCGCACUUACAAAGUAAUCCCCUUGGACAACAAGGCUGGAAUCAUUGAAUUCGUGUCAAACACAAUACCUCUUCAUGACUAUCUCAUGCCAUCGCAUCUAGCGCAUUACCCAAGAGACAUGAAGCCACAGCUAUGUCGGAAAGCCAUUGCGGACGUGCAGACCAAGCCGUCCGACGUACGUCUCAAAGUCUAUCGCCAGGUCACCGAGAGGUUUCACCCGGUCCUACGAUAUUUCUUCCUAGAGCUUUUCGAAGAACCAGACGAUUGGUUUGAGAAGCGAACCGCCUACAGCCGGAGCACGGCCGCCAUUUCCAUCCUUGGCCAUGUUCUCGGUCUCGGAGACAGACAUUGUCACAAUAUUCUACUGGACGAGGUCACGGGCGAGGUUGUGCAUAUCGAUCUUGGUGUCGCAUUCGAACAGGGACGCGUCUUGCCGAUCCCGGAAGUUGUUCCCUUCCGUCUCACGCGCGAUAUCGUAGACGGCAUGGGCGUUACCAAGACAGAAGGCGUCUUUCGACGGUGCUGCGAAUUCACCCUCGACGCUCUGCGAAAAGAAUCAUACAGCAUCAUGACUAUCCUUGAUGUUCUCCGCUACGAUCCAUUGUACAAUUGGUCCGUAUCUCCCCGUCGGCUCCGGCGCAUGCAAGAGGCACCGAAUGAGACCCCGGGUCCGGGAGGGGAGGACGAGGGAGGAGCAGCGGACCGUACGAAAAAGAGAGAUGAGGAGGAAGGUGAAGCACACCGUGCAUUGACCGUUGUUGCCAAAAAGCUGUCCAAGAGUUUGAGUGUCAGCGCUACAGUGAAUGAGUUGAUACAGGCUGCUACUGAUGAGCGUAAUCUUGCUGUUCUAUUCUGCGGUUGGGCUGCUUACGCGUAGAUUAUUCGUUUCUCUGCCAUUGAUCCCGGCGCUUCACAUUGCCUGCGUCUGAAGGUCUCAUCUGUAUAUAUGCUUCUGUUUUCUUUUGCCAUAUUUUCGAGUUUAAACCUCUCAUCUUCCUUUGCCUUAUGCUUUUCAUGCACAUUUUUAUUUUCUACGCUUGCAUGUAGAUAAAAGUUUUGUUGUGAUCGUAUUCGACCCGUUUUUAUUCCCCGUUUCUGAAUUUUCUCGGAUCUUAUCUUGGUUCUGGAGCAUUUCACGAUUUGCAUAUAACAAUUGUAUGGC